AUGUUGAGAGCUUGUCAGUUACGAGCUGGUUUACCGAUUCCAAAACUCUCUUCACUCUCCACAAUUCCCUCACUCUUCUCUUUCUCUUCUCACUCCAAAAUCCACACUUUUUCAUCCACAACAAAACCCUUCCAUUUUCACUCACCUUCUUCUCUUCCUCUUUCACCCUUUUCUUCUAUCAUGCCUCCAAAAUCAACAGCUUCGUAUAGUACCGGGGGUAGUGCUGUUGAAGGUGGUGGGGAAAGGGAAAUAUUGGUGCAGCAUUUGUUGGUGAAAGAAGAUGAUCAGAAACUAUUGUUGGAUCUUCAACAGAGAGUUGCUAGAGGUGAAGAUUUAAGUGAUCUUGCUGUGGACCAUUCAAUUUGCCCUUCUAAAGAUGAAGGAGGAAUGCUCGGGUGGGUUAGAAAGGGACAAAUGGUUCCUGAAUUUGAGGAGGCUGCAUUUAGUGCACCUUUAAACAAAGUUGUAAAGUGCAAGACAAAAUUUGGAUGGCACCUACUACAGGUUUUAUCUGAAAGGGAAGAAGCGGUACUUAAAUACAUUCAACCUGAUGAGCUGCAUGUGAAAUUUCAAGAUCCCACCUUUUUAGAGGAGGCGCAGUUAAUUGAUGUUCGAGAGCCUGAAGAAGUGGCCACAGCAUCUUUGCCGGGAUUUACAGUUCUUCCCCUCCGACAAUUUGGAACCUGGGGGCCUGAAAUAAACACCAAAUUUGAUCCUCAAAAGGAUACAUAUGUUCUGUGUCAUCACGGCGCGCGGUCCAUGCAGGUUGCCAAGUGGCUGCAUUCACAGGGGUUCAGGAAAGUCUACAAUAUUUCUGGAGGAAUUCAUGCCUAUGCGGUGCAGGUCGAUCCGUCAGUUCCUACUUACUGA